CGUUGAGAAACAUCAACGGUAAACACCAGCCACGGAUAUCGAAACAUGGCGACUGAUGAAGCAAACGGGCCUCACUGGCUGACACUGUCAACCAGCCGGCAGCCGUACACGAUGAGCAAAAUUUUCUUUCAAAAUAAAUCGGCAAAACUUCCUUUCAAAAAUCAUCGUCUCCAUUGUGAUCCCAAGUCAACAACAGAUGAUCUACUCUACUUGAAACGCCCCCAUCACUCCUGUGAUCGCAUCCCACGUUCCUCCUCGUCGAGAUAAUAACCCACCAUCUCCCCAUCAACUUCCACUCUUCAUCCGCCUCUUCACGCUUUUUUCUUGUGCCGCCGCGCAGCGCCUUCUUUUCUACCUUCUCAGUCUCUCCUUAACAAAGGUGUUGAUCACCAUUUUUUACCAUUCACCCACGCUCAUUGAAUCACCUUCACACCCUCGACCUAUAUCUUUAGGUUCUUUUCGCCUCGACCUUUCUUUCAAACCACCAUCGACAGAGUCAUCAUGCGCGUCCUCGCUCUCACGGUUGCCCUCAUGGGUCUUGCGGCUGCUGCUCCCGCGCCUGCUCCCUCGGCCACCCUGUUUGACGACAUCGUCGCCGUGUCUACCUCUACGGCUUGCGCAACUCCCUCGGCCACUCCCAUCGCUUCAACUUUCUGGGUCCCCAGCGACAACUCUCGCAAGAUGUGUGACAAGGCGACCUACAAGGCCAAGUUCGCCCCCUCCGACGUGAAGCGAGGCGACUUCCGCGACUGCGCAUCCCUCCUCUCAGCCUUUGGACCUCACAACGGCACCUUUACCAUCCCUGCCGUCACCAACGCUGCCGAAGACUACGGCACUGGCUUCGUCCCCAUCGUCAAGUCAGACUCGUGCUCUCUGGGCGUCCGAGCCAAGGGCGGUGUUCUGCUAGGCGACGACGACGUCGAAUGGAUCGUGCAAAAGACGCUGCAGGACUACUCUUCCGGGUUCUUGAUGGCAGCCCGUGGAUCUGUCGACUGCGAUGCUCUGAAUGGUGGGAAGAAGGCCAAGCUUUACUGGCAGGUUUACGAUUCUGAGAAGGGUGACUAGAUGGAUUGGUCUUGAGGGUCAAUGUGGUUUUGGAUGAUCUUGAUGAUCUGUUCUACCUGUUACGAUACCCGAUGGAAGCAUGAAGAUGACAGCUUGUAAAGCAUUGUCGCCU